AUGGAUCGACCCUCUGGCAAGCUGAUAGACCUCGCCCUCGUGUCGAAAUACCACCCCGUGGCCAACUAUUCCUAUCCUCGCAAGGAUCACACAUCCACCGCUUCCGCCAAAAACAAAAACUACAGCAACGACCACGACUCCAGCAACUCGCGACAUUCAUCGAAUGGCUCUUCCCACGGAAGGGAGUCGCUGGGCUCCGAGGGCUCCGCGCCCGGCUUGAUAGAGGAUCGAACCGACUCCGAGGUUUCGUUGGACGACGACUACCAGUAUCAUGCUCAUACCGCCGAGCUGUGGGAUACCUUUUGGCCGCCUCGUGUCGCCUCCAAGGUCAACCACGAGCCAUUUCUCGCCCCAAACAAGCAGUACCCGGCAUUGAUAGCUUCUCCUCGCCCCAAGAAGCAGUACAUAUGUCUCGGGGAGCGAGCAUCUCCGUCAUGGCCCUUGGCAACCGGCUCAUCGACACCGUCUCGCGCACAAACCAGGAAAGCAGCCGCCACAUAUUCUCCAUUCCCAAAGCUGCCGUCUCUGCCUCCAACCAAAAAGCUGCCUGCCAUUCCCGUGUCCAAGGACAAGAAACCUCUAAAGCCAUCCAAAUCAUGCGGCAGCACACCAAUAAGACCACCUCGUCCAGCCGAGGCCCUCCUGACCCCCUGUGUACGACACACUGCCUUUGUGCCGGUCAGUCCCGCCGUGGCCGACUACAUAAUCGAAGAUCUCGGUCCACCUCGCGAUCAACGCUCGAGCAGAAUACCGGACGAGCCAUCCUUGGCCCGCCGCUCCCACUGCACCAUCUACACUGUUCUCUCCCAGUCGGCAACUAAUCUUCCCGUUCCUGAGAUCAGACCCUCCCCGACUCGUGCACCCAGGCAUUUCAAGUCCCUCGCCGCGCUGCCCCUCGUACAAACCGAGCAAGUCAACCAGGAGCCUCACUCUGUCUUCGAAGACGACUCCGACUGCGAGGACGGGCAGGCGCGCAAGUUCUUCGGCUUCCAAAAGCGCUCCGACAGCUAUCACAAGCGCAGAAGGGACCGCUCAAACACAACGCCAUCGGCGGCCCAGAAAGGGCUCCAGACAGAUGACUGUUCCCCUCUCAUAUCCGCCGCUGCCCACCAAAAGCGUCAUGGACACGAUGUUUUUGGACGCCUUCUCGGGCGGAGAAGUCGGUAA